AUGGUAGAAUCGGAAAUUCGUGCAAUCGGAACUUCUCUUUCAUCUCUCCUUCACUUUCGCGCACCACGAAGAGUUCAGUACUAUUGCAGUUCCACCUGUAAUUUGGAAGCAGCUGUUUCUGAAUACUCCAACGAGGCGGCUACUGGCGAUACAUGGGCUUUGAAAAGUGAAGAUGUUGGUCCAAAGUCGAUAAAGUAUCCCUUCAAGCCAGAAGAAAGAGCUGCAAGUAGCGCUGCUUCUUCAAAUGGCAGAGUGAUGCUUAUCGAUGGGACAUCCAUUAUUUACAGGGCUUACUAUAAGCUUUUAGCAAGGUUGAAUCAUGGUCAUCUGGCUCACGCUGAUGGAAACGCAGACUGGGUUUUAACAAUAUUUUCAGCUCUUUCUCUUCUAAUUGAUGUUCUGAAAUUUCUCCCAUCCCAUGUNGCGGUGGUGUUCGACCAUGAUGGAGUUCCUUAUGGCAGUACAUCUAAUUCAUCAAACGGUUAUCGUUCUGCAAAAGGCAUGAACUUCCGUCAUACUCUAUACCCUGCCUAUAAAAGUAAUCGUCCUCCCACACCUGAUACCAUAGUACAAGGACUUCAAUAUCUCAAAGCAUCCAUCAAGGCAAUGUCUAUAAAGGUUAUAGAGGUGCCAGGUGUAGAAGCUGAUGAUGUUAUUGGAACAUUGGCUAUCCGAAGCAUUGGUGACGGUUUCAAAGUUCGAGUUGUCUCUCCGGACAAAGACUUCUUUCAGAUUCUUUCUCCUUCGCUGCGUCUUCUUCGAUUAACACCACGGGGUUCAGAGAUGGCUUCUUUUGGAAUAGAAGAUUUUGCUAAAAAGUUUGGAAAUUUGGAGCCAGCACAGUUUGUUGAUUUCAUCUCCCUUGUUGGAGACAAGUCUGAUAAUAUUCCAGGAGUUGAUGGAAUUGGGAAUGUGCAUGCAGUGGAACUGAUAUCUAGGUUUGGUACUUUGGAGAAUCUGUUGCAGUCUAUUGGUGAGAUCAAGGAAGGGCGAAUAAAAGAGACCCUAAUAGCUAACGCAGAUCAAGCCAUUCUAAGCAAGAAGUUGGCACUGUUACGGUCUGAUCUCCCAGAUUACAUAGUACCGUUCGACACGAGAGAUCUUACUUUUAAGAAACCAGAGGAUAAUGGGGAGAAAUUGAGGAGCCUGUUAAUCGCAAUUGCGGAUUACGCAGAAGGAUUUUCAGCUGAUCCAGUCAUCAGAAGAGCUUUCAAUUUGUGGGAGAGUCUGGAAGCAAGGUCAUAA